GGAAUGGAUAGCAAAUGGAUCUGAAUGAAGAAACAUAAAAAUAAAACUCAACGCAUUUCUCUGUGAGGGCUUGCCUCGCCCUCAGGGGUAUGCUUGGAUAAGUAACAAAAGAGGACGUUGAAGGCUGACUAUCAUCUUUUCUGCCAUGGCAAGCCUGCUUCAUGUGUCUGUUCAUUGUCGAAGUCCCCAUUUUUUUGCUGUCAUAGGCGAGCAGCGUGCCGCACUUAAUGCACUCGACAAAGCCAACACAUAUGUUGUCACUGACCACUUGUUAUGGAUCAGUGUAUGUCUCCCUGUCCUGCUUGUUUUCCUCUUCCCUUUUCCGCUGUGUUUGUUGUCCGUGUGUUCGUUCCCACCUGCUGGCGAGAGGCGUGUCCUGGAGAAACUAGGUCAAGAGGCGUGGCCACUCUCCGUUUUCCAGCUCAGCUGCAGCACAUCACCACUAAUCACUCAGCAGUUAUCUACCCGGGCUGUCCACCUCUACAGCGCCAGUUCGUUACAACCGUUCGUGAUCCUGUCUCUGGACCUGCUGCUCACCUGCUGUCAUCUGCUUCCUUGCUGCCUGCUCGCCUCACUGCUCCGCUCUCAACCAGCCAUUCCACCCAGCCCUCGUCUUCGCUGCCUGGCCGCACACCCGCCUUCUGAUCUCCGGCUUCAAGUGGCGCUGCAGUGGAGUGGGAGAGACUCAUCACAAGGAUCCAUGUUCGCACUUCAACUUCAGCCCAGCAGAGUGCCUACAGGAACCCAGUCCGGGUUCAGACGCCGACGGAGAGAACCAGCGGUGCUGACUUCUGCUGACUUCCUGCGUGGUUUCCUGACAGAGCAAGGAGACUGGAUCCCACCCCCUGACCCUGGGCCUGCUGACACACCAAAAAAGCUAAGGAUGGCUUUUUCCUACAGGAUGCAACGCUUGAAUGCCAGCACAGCAAGAAGGACACCAACGCCAACAAGGGGAGCGAGGAGAAUUGGGUCAGCAGUAAAUCCACAAUGAGACCCUGGGCUCCCCUCUGAUCUGUCACCUUCCAGUCAACUGUUAAAGGGCCAGAAUGUUCAGCCAAUUCUUCGGACAGAAAGGAUGAGGGCAUUUUUUACAGCAGCUGCAGCCAAGCUAGGCGUGCAAAUGUGACGUCAAGAGUGCGCCAUAGCCUGUUAAGGUUUUUGGUGACGUUGCCCCCUGGUGCUUGUCAAUGCUGGUGCUGGGUGCAUGAGAAUGAACCAGCAGCGAUCUGAGAUUUUGUCCCAAUUUUCAGAUUGGACAACAAGGAACUUUGAAAAUCUUGAUUUCAGACUCUUUUUUUUUUUUCCCCAGUGUGCAUCUUUCACUACACAAUGAUGAAGAAUGUUUUUCUGUGCUCGCUCCAUCUGAACUGACAGCAUAUAUUUAAGUAUGUGUGUAUCAGUUUUUAACUCUUUUGUGAUUAGGAUCACAAAGAUCAAACCUA